AUGGCGGCUGCGACGCGCAGCUGCCGGCCCUGGGGCUCUCUCCUUGGGAUGAUCUGGCUGGUCUCGGCCGCGGCCGCCUCCUGGGACCUGAAUUCGCUGCGCUGCAACUUCGGCUCCUUCUGCGAAUGUGACUUCCGGCCCGACUUGCAGGGUCUGGAGUGUGACCUGGCCCAGCACCUGGCCGGCCAGCACUUGGCCAGGUCACUGGUGGUGAAGGCACUGAAGGCUUUCCUGCAGGAUCCAGCCCCCGCCAAGCCGCUGGUCCUCUCUCUGCAUGGCUGGACUGGCACUGGCAAGUCCUAUGUCAGCUCCCUGCUGGCACACUACCUCUUCCGGGAUGGCCUCCGUAGCCCCCACGUGCACCACUUUUCCCCAGUCAUCCACUUCCCCCACCCCAGCCACAUGGAGCGUUACAAGAAGGAUCUUAAGAGCUGGGUGCAGGGGAACCUCACUGCCUGCAGCCGCUCCCUCUUUCUCUUCGAUGAGAUGGACAAGCUGGCCCCAGGCCUGAUAGAAGUCCUACGACCUUUCCUGGGCUCCUCCUGGGUUGUCUAUGGGACCAACUAUCGCAAAGCCAUCUUCAUCUUCAUCAGCAACACCGGCAGUGAACAGAUCAAUCAGGUGGUGUUAGAGGCGUGGCGCAGCCGCCGGGAACGCGAAGAGAUCAGCCUGCAGGAGCUGGGACCGGUCAUCUCCCAGGCUGUGCUGGACAACCCACACCAUGGCUUCUGGCGCUCGGGCAUCAUGGAAGAGCAUCUCCUGGAUGUCCUGGUGCCCUUCCUGCCACUCCAGCGGCACCACGUGCGGCACUGUGUGCUCAACGAGCUGGCCCAGCUGGGCCUGGAGCCCAGGGAUGAGGUGGUCCGGGCCGUGCUGGACAGCACCACCUUCUUCCCCGAGGAUGAGCAGCUGUUUUCCUCCAAUGGCUGCAAGACGGUGGCUUCCCGAAUCACCUUCUUCCUCUGA